UGUUGGAUGUGCUGAGAGAGGGAUAAAGAAACUGAGCAGUGUCAGAGAGGCAGUGCUGAAGAUUGUACUGCACGCCCUGAGAAGCAUGAACCUGUUAGACCUCGCUAACACACUACAGACCAAUCUGACUCCUGCUGGUCAUAAAAAACUCAAAUCUACACUCAGGAAAAAAUGUCAGAAAAUUAAUGAAGGAAUUUCAAACAAAGGAACCUCAACACUUCUGAAUGAGAUCUACACAGAGCUCUAUAUCACAGAAGGUGGGAGUGGAGAGGUCAAUAAUGAACAUGAGGUGAGACAGAUUGAGACAGCGUCCAGGAGACCAGCGACACAGGAGACACCCAUCAAAUGCAAUGAUCUUUUUAAAGACAAAGCCAUUAGAACUGUACUGACUAAAGGAGUUGCUGGAAUUGGAAAAACAGUCUCAGUGCAGAAGUUCAUUCUGGACUGGGCUGAAGGAAAAGCAAAUCAAGAUAUCCACUUCAUAUUUCCACUUCCUUUUAGGGAGCUGAACUUGAUAAAGAAGAAAAGACUCAGUCUGAGGAAUCUUCUUCAGAACUUUUUCACAGAAACUUCAGAACUUUUUCACAGAAACAAGUUGAAGCAGAGAGAUUUUUACCAUCACAGAGUCUUGUUCAUCUUUGAUGGUCUGGAUGAAUGUCGACUGCCUCUGGAUUUUCAGAACAAUGAGAGAUUGUCAAAUAUAUCACAGUCAGCCUCAGUGGAUGUCCUGCUGACAAACCUCAUGAAGGGCAAUUUGCUUCCCUCUGCUCUUCUCUGGAUCACCUCUCGACCUGCAGCAUGUGGUCAGAUCCCUCUUGAGUGUGUGGACCAGAUAACAGAAAUACGAGGGUUCAGUGACCCUCAGAAAGAGGAAUACUUCAGGAAGAGGGUCAAUGACCAGAGUCUGGCCAGCAGAAUUGUCUCACAUAUGAGGUCCUCAAGAAGCCUCUACAUCAUGUGCCACAUUCCAGUCUUUUGUUGGAUAUCAGCUACUGUUCUAGAGAGGAUUUUUACUGAGCGGAGUGGAGAGAUCCCCAAGACUCUCACUCAAAUGUUCACACACUUCCUGAUCUUUCAGAUCAAACACAGCAGCCAGAAGUACCAAGGAAAAAGUGACCCUGAUCAUGACCAGACUAAAAAGAUUAUCUGGACACUGGGAAAACUGGCUUUCCAGCAACUGAAAAAAGGCAACCUGAUCUUCUAUGAGGAAGACCUGAGCAAGUGUGGCAUUGAUGUCAGAGAAGUGUCAGUGUACUCAGGAGUCUGCACUCAGAUCUUCAGAGAGGAGUUGGGGCUGCACCUGGGGAAGGUGUUCAGCUUUGUCCAUCUGAGUGUUCAGGAGUUUCUGGCUGCUUUGUUUGCAUUUCUCUCCUUUAUCUCUGAGAACAAAAAUGUGCUAGAACAACAGACUGACUUGCUAGAUGUUGUCAACAAAUCAAGAAUGACUGAUUUUCUCAAGUAUGCAGUGGACAAGACCUUACAGAGUGAGAAUGGACACCUGGAUCUUUUCCUUCGCUUCCUUCUGGGUCUCUCACUGGAGUCCAAUCAGAAUAUCUUACAAACUGUACUACUACAGACAGCGUGUAGCUCUCACAACGAGGGAACAGUUGAGUACAUUAAGGAGAAGAUCAGGGAGAAUCCCUCUCCAGAGAUAUCCAUCAAUCUUUUCCACUGUCUGAAUGAACUGAAUGACCACUCUCUAGUGCAGGAAGUCCAAACAUAUCUGAGCAGAAGAGGUAACGAGUGUCUGCAUGGAGCUAAGCUCUCGCCUGCUCAGUGGUCAGCUCUGGCAUUUGUUUUGCUGAACUCAGAUAAGGAGCUGGAUGAGUUUGACCUGAGUAAAUAUGACAAAUCGGAGGAAUGUUUUGAAAAACUAUUUUCAGUGGUCAGUGCAUCCAAGAAAGCUGUAGGACGUUGGUGUAAUCUGACAGAGAAAAGCUGUGCAGUUCUGGCCUCAGCUUUCAGCUCAAACACCUCAAAUCUGAGAGAACUGGACCUGAGUUACAAUGAACUGCAGGAUUCAGGAGUGAAACUGCUCUCCGUUGGACUGGAGCAUGCACACUGUAAACUGGAGAUCGUGGGGCUGUGUAACUGUAAUCUCACAGAGGAAAGCUGUGAAGUUUUGGCCUCAGCUCUCAAAUCCUCAUGUCUGAGAGAGCUGAACUUGAGCUACAAUAAGCUGCAGGAUUCAGGAGUGAAGCUGCUUUUUGCUGGACUGGAAAAUUCACAAUGUCAACUGGAGAAACUAAUAUUGCGUUCAUGUAAUCUCACAGGGGAAAGCUGUGCAGCUCUAGCCUCAGCUCUCAGAUCAACCUCUUCAAAACUGAGAGAACUGGAUCUAAGUCACAAUGAACUGCAAGAUUCAGGAGUGGAGCUACUCUAUGCUGGACUGAUGAAUCAAUGCUGUAAACUAAAGAAAGUGGGGCUAUAUAACUGUAAUCUCACAGAGAAAAGCUGCACAGCUCUGGCCUCAGCUCUCGGAGCAAACUCAAGUCUGAAAGAGCUAGAUCUCAGUAACAAUAAACUACAGGAUUCAGGAGUGAAGCUGCUCUCUGCUGGACUGAAGAAUUCAAAUUGUACACUGGAGAAACUGGAGCUGUCUAACUUAAAUAUUACAGAUGUCGGAUGUGCUGCUCUUGUUAAAGCACUAAAAUCAAAGCCAUGUUUCUUGAGAGAGCUCAGUCUGAACAACAGUAGACCAGAAGACUUGGGUAUGAAGCUGCUGUCUGAUCUACUGAAGAAUCCACACUGUAAACUGGAGAAACUACAGCUGUCUGGCUGCAGUAUUACAGAGAAAGGCUGUAGUGCUUUGGUUUCAGCUCUGAAAUCAAAUCCCUCAUACCUGAGAGAGCUGAAUAUGAGCAACAGUGAACUGGGAGAGUCAGGAGUGAAAGAGAUAUCAGAUCUACUGAAGGAUCCACAAUGUAAACUGGAGAAACUACAGCUGUCUGACUGUGGUAUUACACAUAAAGGCUGUGCUGCUCUGGUUUUAGCUCUGAAAUUGAAUCCCACAUCAUGUCUGAGAGAGCUUAAUCUGAACAACAAUUAUCCAGGAGAAUCAGGACUGAAGAACCUCUCUGAUCUACUGGAGCAUCCAAACUGUAAACUGGAGACACUACACAUCAUGUUAUGAGGAGAAGAUAAAAUCCUACAGCAGAAAAUGUGCAUCAAGAAUAAGGAUCUACAUGGUAACGUGUUCACUGGUCAAAUCUGUGGACAUGGAUGCAGCA